UUCGCUGCUUUAAUAGCCUUUCCACUAGAUAUUAGAGCAUGGAUGUGAGGAUGCAUUAGUGAGAUCAAACUUGGAUGUUACUGGAGAAAGCCUUUAACUCAAUCAACAUUUCAGUUUAUCCCGAAGUGUUCAGUGGGAUUGAAGUCAGAGCUCUGUGCAGGCAGGACACUUGAGUUCUUUCAUUUCAAGACAUUGUGGACCAUUGUGUGAUUGGGGAAAACUGACACAAGGAUAAGAUGAAGAUGGUAAUGGUGUCCAUAUACUUUUGAAAAUCCACAGAUCUGCCUCAACACUAACACCACUGGCAGAUGUAUAGCCUUCCAUCCAGGCAGAACACAAGCAUGGCAUCAAACUACUCAACAACAAUAACACCUGCCAAUGCAACAACAAUUUACAGCCCAAAGAAAGACUUUCACAAAUGUGAAAAUUCAUCUGAUGGAGAAGGCUUGCUGAUCGGUGUAAUUGUAACUGUGUAUACUUCAAUAUUUCUGAUCGUCAUACUGGCUAUAACAUGGUUGAAAAAGUAUCAGAACUUAAGGCGUAGAAUUAGGACUCUGGAGAAAAUGCAGCAGCAGACAACGUCCCUUGCAUUUGCUGAAACUGAACCUUUAGAGCAAAGAUCAAGGCCUGAGCGAAUGACUACAGUCCAGCUGGAAGAAAAGGCCUCUGAAAUUAAGUCAGCUAGUCCCUCAUUUAACAAAGCUGAUAUCACUAUGCAACAGCUGAUCAAAGCUGGAAGAGAAGGUAUGCUGUAUAAAGCUAAAAUGACUCAUGGUGCUAUUAAAGGCCACACCAUGUUCACUUGCAAGAUCUACAAAAAGGCUGCUAGAUACAAGCUGGUCAAAAGGGAGGUUUUGAUCAUGCAGAAUUUAAACAAACACAAGAACUUGCUACAGCUCAUAGACUGGGACAUCACAGAAGUGCCCUAUAUGUUAAUUAUGGAAGAUGUAGAACUUGGCAGCUUACGCACCUUCCUUAGGGUGAAUAAAGAAAGACUGUGUAAAGAUGAAGAACUGCAGCACCUCUUCACUAUUGCACUUUACCACAUAGCAAAGGCCUUGGACCAUCUGCACUCCAAAAUGAUUUUGCAUUGCAACUUGUCACUGAGGAACAUCAUGGUGAACAGGUUUCCCCAUGAAGUAAAAGUAGCCGAGUUCGGAUUGGCCAGAGACAUAAGGAGGGGACAAAGGCACUCCAGAAACGGCAAGAAGAAGGACAGCAAGCGAGUUCCCUUUAGAUGGUACCCUCCAGAGUAUUUCAAAAAUGACUUGUACGGAUUUAAAGGAGAUGUCUGGGCUUUUGGAAUCGUAAUCUGGGAAAUACAAACGUUUGGCUCUGUACCAUACCCUGACUUGAAAACACCAGAGGAGGUUGUGAGUUAUGUAUGUGCUGGCCAGAGGUCCCAAGAGCCUGAAAAGUGCAGGCCAGAAGUGCUUCAAAUGAUGAGAGAUUGUUGGCAGGAGCCCUACUCCAUGAGACCUUCCUUUACGGAUAUUGGUAGAGUUCUGGGAAACACUCUGGAACAUGAUCGGGACUAUGUGGAUAUGGACAACAGUAAUGUCAUUGGAUCAGUGGAUUAUGAAGAUGAAGAUUACUGAAGAAAUCAUGACUGAUGUUAACAUCAAAAAUGGAUUGCUGUGAUUGGUUAUAAAAAUUUAUAUAUUUCUACAUAUAAAUUUAGACAUCAAUAUAAUUUCAAAGGAUAAGCAUAUAAGUAUAAACUAUUACUAAUGAUAUUAAUGCAUAAGCAUUUACUUGGUUAAACUAUUAGCUUUGAAACAAAGCUCAAAUAACUGUUUAUAAGAAAAUUAAAUGUAUAUUAACUAUAUGUUGAAUAAGUGUAACUCAAAUACCUAUGUUGUGGUUAAUGAUAAAAAUAUUUAUAAGUAUAAAUAAUAAGACAAAAAGGCAAUGCACUGGAAUGACCCAGUUUAAAACUGUAAAAAAAAAAAAAUUGCAUUGUGAUAAUGAAUUAUACAUUGCAGUAAAGGUGUAAUGAUCUGGCAAUGUGGAUUAAUAAAUUGGGUUAAAUGUGUGAUUAUAACUGACACAAUGUCAUAUGCAGCCAGAUCCAUAAGUAUUUAAAUAAUGACACAAGUUAGAUAAAUACACAAAAUAUUUUUGCCUCUGUGGGAUGUUAGGAUGGCAAAAUAAUAGAUUUAAAAUGAAGCAUUCAUGUAGACAACUUUAUUUCUAGGUAGACUGUUUGGUGAUUACAGCUAUUUUUUUUUAAAGUCUCUCCAUUUUCAGAAGCCCAAAAGUAAGUUUAUAAACUAACAUAAUUACAAAUGCUGGGAUUAUUUUUAAUACUUCACCAUGGACGACACCAAAUGCUGAGCUUUCUUCCUUAAGAUGUUUGUCAAGUCUUCAGUUGCAGCAUAUUUGUGGGUCUUUUUGCCUACAGUUUUAUCUCCAGUAAGUGAAAAGCAUGCUAUGCUGGACUGACUCAGCCCUUAAAUAAUAUUUUAUUUCUUUGUCCUGGGUUGCUUUUGAGGUACAUUUUUGGUUAUUAUAAUCUAUACCAUACAGAGCUGUCCUGUCUGUUUUGCAGCAUUUGACCGAAUCUGAGGAGAACAUAUAGCUCUAUAGAGUUUAGAAUUUGUCCUGUACUGACCAGGCUUUUAUUUAUUUAUUUAUUUAUUUAUAUAUAUAUUUUUUAAGCCAAGUCUAAUCUGGUCAGGUGACGUGAUGGCAUAGUGGUUAGCACUGUCGCCUUGCAUUCCAGGGUCGAGGGUUCGAUGUGUGAAUGGAGUUUGCAUGCUUGGUGGGGUACUCCGGUUUUCUCCACAGUCCAAAGACAUGCAGAUUAGGUUAACUGGCAUUCCUAAAUUGCGUUGUAGUGGAUUGACACCCUGUCCAGGGUGUACCCGCCUCGUACCCUUAGUUUCCAUUCCCCCCGUUAGGCCCCAUUACCCCUUGCGAUUGUGUACACAGCAUAUGCGGUAUAGAAGAUGAAUUAAGAAUGAAUUAAUAAUAUGUUCUUUCUUUUUGCACGUUUUUCUUUUUCUAUUUGCAUCUUGAGGUUAACUCUGCGCAUCUCUUUGUUUAACUUUGACAAUAAUAUGCCUUCCUCCUCCAGUGGGUUUUUGAAUUGACUAAAUGUUGUAAAGGCUAUUCGGGGGGACAUACUAGCUGUCCGAAUACUUAUGGACAUGAAUGUGUGUAUUAUAUUGUCAUAAGCUGUAAUGAGAUUAUCUUUACUGUGGGAUUUUAAGGAUGCUCUUUGCACUUUAUAUGCAGUUUAUUGUAUUUAUUUUCAGCUUGUCAGCGCCACCUUGUGAUACUGAAUUUACAAAGAAUUACUGAUGCAGAAAAGCAAUAAAAAAGCAAUA